ACCAGCACCGGUGCUGUCCAGACCGAGGCCAUGAAGCAGAUCCUCGGGGUGAUCGACAAGAAACUUCAGAACCUGGAGAAGAAAAAGGGCGAGCUUGAUGAUUACCAGGAACGAAUGAACAAAGGGGAAAGGCUUAAUCAAGAUCAGCUGGAUGCCGUAUCUAAGUACCAGGAAGUCACAAAUAACUUAGAGUUUGCAAAAGAAUUACAGAGGAGUUUCAUGGCAUUAAGUCAAGAUAUUCAGAAAACAAUAAAGAAGACAGUGCAUCGGGAGCAGCUUAUGAGAGAAGAAGCAGCACAAAAACGUUUAAAAACUGUACUUGAGCUCCAGUAUGUUUUGGACAAAUUGGGAGAUGAUGAGGUGAGAACUGACCUGAAGCAAGGUUUGAAUGGAGUGCCAAUAUUGUCUGAAGAGGAAUUGUCAUUGUUGGAUGAAUUCUACAAAUUAGCAGACCCUGAACGGGACAUGAGCUUAAGGUUGAAUGAGCAGUAUGAACAUGCUUCCAUUCACCUAUGGGACUUGCUGGAAGGAAAGGAAAAAUCUGUAUGUGGAACAACCUAUAAAGCUCUAAAGGAAGUUGUUGAGCAUGUUUUCCAGUCAAACUACUUUGACAGCACCCACAACCACCAGAAUGGGCUGUGUGAGGAAGAAGAGUCAGCUUCAGCACCUACAGCUGAAGACCAGGUAGCUGAAGCUGAACCUGAGCCAGCAGAAGAAUACACUGAACAGAGUGAAGUUGAAUCAACAGAGUAUGUAAAUAGACAAUUUAUGGCAGAAACACAGUUCAGCAGUGGUGAAAAGGAGCAGGUAGAUGAGUGGACAGUCGAAACAGUUGAGGUGGUAAAUUCACUCCAGCAGCAACCUCAGGCUGCAUCUCCUUCAGUGCCAGAGCCCCAUUCUUUGACUCCAGUGGCUCAGGCAGAUCCCGUUGUGAGAAGACAGUGAGUCCAGGACCUUAUGGCGCAAAUGCAGGGGCCCUAUAAUUUCAUACAGGAUUCUAUGCUGGAUUUUGAAAACCAGACACUUGAUCCUGCCAUUGUAUCUGCACAGCCUAUGAAUCCGACACAAAACAUGGACAUGCCCCAGCUGGUUUGCCCUCCGGUUCAUUCUGAAUCCAGACUUGCUCAGCCUAAUCAAGUUCCGGUACAACCAGAAGCUACACAGUUUCCUUUGGUUUCAUCCACAAGUGAGGGAUAUACAGCAUCUCAACCCUUGUACCAGCCUUCUCACGCUACAGAGCAGCAACCACAAAAGGAAACAAUUGACCAGAUUCAGGCAACAAUAUCCUUAAAUACAGACCAGACUACAGCAUCAUCUUCCCUUCCGGCUGCUUCUCAGCCUCAGGUGUUCCAGGCUGGGACAAGCAAACCAUUACAUAGCAGUGGAAUCAAUGUAAAUGCAGCUCCAUUCCAAUCCAUGCAAACGGUGUUCAAUAUGAAUGCCCCGGUUCCUCCUGUUAAUGAACCGGAAACUUUGAAACAGCAAAUUCAGUACCAGGCCAGUUACAACCAGAGCUUUUCUAGUCAGCCUCACCAAGUAGGACAAACAGACCUUCAACAAGAACAGCUUCAAACAGUGGUUGGCAUCUACCAUGGUUCCCAGGACCAGCCCCAUCAAGUGACUGGUAACCACCAGCAACCUCCCCAGCAGAACACUGGAUUUCCACAUAGCAGUCAGCCAUAUUACAACAGUCGUGGUGUUUCUCGUGGUGGUUCCCGUGGUGCUAGAGGCUUGAUGAAUGGAUAUAGGGGCUCUGCCAUGGAUUCAGAGGAGGAUAUGAUGGUUACCACCCUUCAUUCUCUAACACUCCAAACAGUGGUUAUACACAGUCUCAGUUCAGUGCUCCCCGGGACUACUCUGGCUAUCAGCGGGAUGGAUAUCAGCAGAAUUUCAAGCGAGGCUCUGGGCAGAGUGGACCACGGGGAGCCCCACGAGGUUGUGGAGGGCCCCCAAGACCCAACAGAGGGAUGCCGCCAAUGA